GUGCUGCUGACUAUCUGCAUGCUCUAUGGUUCUACAUCCCGGGGAUGCCGCUGUGAAGAGUUGACUGAGAGAGCCCUCCCUUGACCGUGCCGAAUCCCUUCACCGACUGAUCAGAGAGGGAGAGAGAUAACGCCGGCAAGAUGGUGCACGCUGAUGCUGCUACUAUCCCGGAUGGGGUAAAGUCGAAAGCAGAGUUCUAUGACCAUCUCCACGCACAGCUCAGCUCCCUGUUGGACGGCCAACGAAACUGGGUGACAAAUUUGUCCAAUGCAUCCUCCAUCAUCUAUGCCUCCCUCAAUCGCUUUCAGCAACGCCUCGCAAAAUCGCAACAAGGCUACCAGGCAAAAACGGUCAACUGGGCCGGCUUCUACCUCCUCUCGCCCCUCUUUCCCACCUCGGAUGCCCCCGCUUCCUCCGUUUCCUCAACCACCAAACCACUUUUGAGACCGACCCUGUGGCUUGGACCAUUUUGCGGCUUACCAGCAUGCCAGAAGAUCAAUAGCGUACCUGGGAGAGGCGUCUGCGCUGAUGCAAGCGCUUUGCUGCCGCCGCGGGCGGUCCGUGUCGAUCGCACGGACGAUUACCCUGGUCACAUCGCAUGCGACAGCGCCUCACAGUCCGAGAUCGUCAUCCCGCUCGUCAUUUCGCGCUCUUCGCACCUCUCGCGACAGCACGUCGACGCGCUCUCCAGUGUGGAAGUGCCGAUCGAAUGGCAAGGCCGUGGCAACGACGACGAAGUCAUCAUUGGUGUAUUGGAUAUCGACUGCGAGCAGGUUGAAGGUUUCGAUAAGGACGACGAAGACGGUCUGACAAGGAUAACUAAGCUCAUCGCCACCAGUUGUGACUGGUAGGCGCACCCAAAUUUGAAGCUUACCCAAUUCCAUUCUCAGCAUCGUGCUUCCUAAGAAUCAAAGAUUGUAUAGAAAUAUGUAGAUGUUUUCUUUCGGGACUCGUAAUAAGCUACACUAAAAGUAUCUAGA